GUCAACAAUGUUCCCGAUCAGAGUGUGGAUCACCUGCCUGGUGGUUGCUUCCCUCAACCCCAUUCCCGGCCACGCCUGGGACUACUGCCAGGAGCACUGGUGUCCGCGUGCCACCGAGCACGUAGCCUGCAACAACAACGGGACCUUCGGCCCUCAUUGCGGAAGGGAGGCCAGACUAGUACCGCUUAGCAACCAGCAGCGGGCGUUCAUUGUGCACCAGGUAAACCUAUACCGCAACCAGGUGGCCUCGGGCGGAUUCUCCGCCUUCGGACCCGCCCACCGAAUGGCCAGUGUCCGCUGGGAUCCCGAGCUGGCACAGCUGGCUGAGCUGGCGGCCAAGAGGUGCAGUGUGUCCGGCGAUGGGUGCCGCAACACCAGGCGAUUCAAGCACGUGGGCCAGCUGACGGGUCACGUAAUCUUCAGUGCGGGAAGGCACGGCGACUUGGAGCUGCUGCGCCACAAGAUCUCAAACUGGUUUGGCCAGUACAAGAGGGCCAACAAGGAUCUGCGAGCCGCCGAUGCAGCUAGUGAUAUCACCAGUUUCAGCCAGCUGAUUCAGGAAAGUUCCACCCACAUGGGAUGCGGCGUGCUCCGCCAGAGGAGCCACAUGCGGUGGCACCAGCAGUUCAUCGUCUGCAACUUUGCUCGCAGGAACAUGCCCGGCGAGCAGGUCUACCAGCUGGGUGUGGCCGCCACAGGAUGCAGGUCGGGCAGCAAUCCUCGCUACCCCAAUCUCUGCUCCCUGCAGGAGCAUUACGAUGUGAACGCCAUCGACCGCUUUCACACCAAGCGGCCACUUACGAUCAGGAUCAAGUACAGUGGCUCAGGUACCCCUCCAUCGAACGAUUUGGGUGCUGUUCCCGGUGUAGCCUUCCAUCCCAAUAUCAAAUUGGGACGUCCUAAUAUACCUGGAGCUGAAUGGGUGGUUUCCUAAAUAUAUUUCCAAUGCAGCUCGCAUUAAAUUAAAAAAUUUCACAUCUACU